AUGGAGGAAAUGGAUUACGAAGAAGAUAUUCCGGAGCAGCCGCAGCGGAAACGGCGGGCGCGUCCACCGCCAGAUCCUCUAGAGAAUCACCCGUAUUUGGAGUUUCCUCAGGAGUCCGAGGCUGCGCUCCGUUGCGAGAAGCUUCGGAAGAUGCAUAUUGGUGAACAUUUUGCGGUUUCGUGGAAAACCCUCCGGAAGCUUGAGGUUGAAGAUUGGGUGCGUAAGUUUGUUCCCGUUGAUUCACCGUGGGAUCGUCUGUUUGAGCUAUCGUUUACGCCGACCUACAGGGAGAUACUAGUCGAGUUUCUGUCGUCGUUCGAGUUUCAUCCUCGUCGGCCAAAUGAGGUUGUGGACCCCGCGCAGCCCCCUCCCCCGCCCGAGGUUUCUUUUCGCAUGGCUGGCCAGGCGCGCGAAAUGUCACUUGCACAGUUUGCGGUGCAUAGCGGUUUGUAUACGGAGGCUGAGAUUGCUACGGAUCUUUAUACGAAGGGGCUCGUAAUGAUUGAUAAACCCACGCUAUUAGGGUUUUGGGAUCUGAUCGCGGACAUCCGUCAGUGGGACCACUACCAAUCCAAGGGGAGGAGUACGCUGAUUGAGGAUCCGCUCUUCAGGGACCAUUUUUGUAAAAAUAGAAACUUUAGGGAACAAAGUCCGUUUGGGGCUGGGUUUGCAGCCGUAAACCGGCGUUUAAACGGCUGCAAACACAGCCCCAAAGGGCAGCGAUUUCGCAGCCGUUUGGGGCUGCGUUUGCAGCCGUUUAAACGCCCGGUUACGGCUGCAAAUGCCGCCGCAGACGGCAGCGAAAACGCAGCCGUUUGGGGCUGCGUUUGCAGCCGUCUAAACGCCCGUUUACGACUGCAAACGCAGCCGCAAACAGCAGCGAAAUAUCUGCCGUUUGCGGCUGCGUUUGCAGCCGUUUAA